CAGUUCGAUUUCAUUCAAUCUGCCUUGCGGUUGUGUUUAUUGAGAUUUUUGUAGUGCAAACAUAUAGAUAUAUAUAUAUUUUAUACCCGGCACCAUGAAGCCCUGGAUCUGGUUCACGUUUGUCGCGUGUCUCUUUGCGGCGAGCACAGAAGCAGCCUCCAACUUGGUUUGCUACUACGACUCUUCGAGUUACACGAGAGAAGGUCUGGGCAAGCUACUCAAUCCGGAUCUGGAGAUCGGAGUGCAAUUCUGCACGCACUUGGUGUACGGUUAUGCGGGAAUCCGUGGCGAAAACUAUCAGGCGUAUAGCCUGAACGAGAACCUGGACAUUUACAAGCACCAGUUCUCCGAGGUGACUGCCCUGAAGAGGAAAUAUCAACACCUGAAGGUUCUGCUCAGCGUUGGCGGUGAUCAUGACAUCGAUGUGGAGCACCCGAACAAGUAUAUCGAGCUGCUGGAGGGCGAGAAAGUGCGUCAAACUGCCUUCAUCAGAUCUGCCUAUGACUUGGUGAAGAACUACGGAUUCGAUGGCUUGGAUCUGGCCUAUCAGUUCCCCAAGAACAAGCCCAGGAAGGUGCAUGGUGAACUGGGUUCCGCCUGGAAGAGCAUCAAGAAGCUGUUCACCGGCGACUUUAUUGUGGAUCCCAAUGCAGCCUUGCACAAGGAGCAGUUUACGGCCUUCGUUAGAGAUGUCAAGGACUCCCUAAGGGCCGAUGGCUUCCUGCUCAGUUUGACCGUCCUGCCCAAUGUCAACUCUACUUGGUACUUUGACAUUCCUGCUCUGAAUGGCCUGGUGGACUUUGUGAACCUGGCUGCCUUUGAUUUCCUGACACCCGCCCGCAAUCCCGAUGAGGCUGACUACACUGCUCCUAUUUACAAUCCCACCUCAAAGGAUCGUCUGGGACACUACAAUGCCGAUUUCCAGGUGAAUUACUGGGUGAAACAGGGUUUUCCAUCGUCCAAGAUCAACCUCGGAGUCGCCACCUAUGGAAAUGCCUGGAAGUUGAGCCAUGAUUCCGGUCUUGAGGGAGUGCCAGUGGUGCCCCACACCGAAGGACCUGCCCCCGAGGGAACCCAGUCCCAGAAGCCGGGACUACUGAGUUAUGCCGAGAUUUGUGGAAAACUCAGCAAUCCCCAUAAUCAGUUUCUCAAGGGCAACGAUUCGCCGUUGAGAAGGAUAACGGAUCCCACCAAGAGAUACGGCACCAUUGCCUAUCGUCCCGUUGAUGGACAGAUAACCGAGGGCAUUUGGGUGAGCUACGAUGAUCCCGACACAGCCUCCAAUAAGGCGGCCUAUGCCCGCUCCAUAAACCUGGGAGGCGUGGCCCUCUUCGAUUUGAGCUACGAUGAUUUCCGUGGCCAGUGCACCAACGAUAGGUAUCCCAUCCUAAGGGCGGUGAAGUAUCGUUUGUAGAUCUACGAAGAUUUUAUAUUUUUAUAUGGAAAGUUAUAACAAAUAAAAGAUGAUUCAUUAAAAAUA